GUGACUCGUGGUUAUAAAUGAUGCAGAAAUUAAAGUGUUGAGUAAUUAUUUCAGUAUAGAAAAUUUAAGUUACAGUGAGUGAGUGUUUCAACCAACUGACAAUCUCUGUUAGCGUGCUGUUCUUAGUAGUUAGAUAAAAAAUGUGGAAACAAUUUUUUAUUCGCUUGCAAGCAAAACGUCGUUGUUUAAGUGCCCGUUGGCAGGAACGCUGUGCUCGACGGCGAUGGUUAAAGAGAGAGAAACGUCGUCAUAAAGUGGAACAGGCCAUGGUGUUGAAUCAGCAAAUGUUGCAGCAGAAGUAUGCAGAAAAUCAGCGCGUACGUGGUGUUCUGUGUGAAGUGGGGGAUCCAGAGCUCGAUCGGUACCUUGAAGACGAGAGGAUUGCUCUCUUUCUUCAGAAUGAAGAGUUCAUGGCAGAACUCCGGUGGAACAAAGAUUUCCUCUUAACACUGGAGAAAGACCAAGCAGAGGAAAGUCCACCUGAAGAAACUCUAGCCUCAUUUCCACUCAGUAAAUCAUUAUCUGGUAGCCACGAUGAGGAUGCACUGUUUAAGGAACGCCUUCGUAAUAUGGGCAAAAUGUCACGUAAAAAAUUUGCCCAGCUUGCCCGUGUGUUCACAAGACGUAAGAAAAGGAGCUCUGCUAAAAACAUUCUGAGCCAAGGGCCAGCACCAUCGCGAGAUAACCUGCUGCUCAAUGCUGAGCCAUUGUUAGACGAUGAUGAUGAUGAUGAUGACGAUGACAGCGUACCCGAUAGUUAUGACACUAUGCGAAGACCUGAACAUCGUGAAUAAAGGUCCAUGCUGUCUGGCUGUUUCAUCAUAUUUACUUCAAAGUGAACUUAACUUACUUCACUGCACAGUUCUUCAGACAUAUUAAUUAUAUAUAUAGACUGACAUAAAUAUGACAAUUUGUGUGAGCAAAUUACAUUCAGGGAGUAAGUGGCAAGGCUGGAUAUCAUCUGUAUGCCUCAGGCAUCGCUGACAAGGAUGAAGUAUGCUUCGUUUUGUUUACCAAAAGGCAUAUAGAACAGUUAUAUAUGUUGCUGUGUUUUAUUAACCUCAGAAUAGUUUUGGGUAAGUGCCAACAUCAAUAUAUAUCUGCUGCUUCCCAGUAUUUUUACUUGAGUAUCAUUAAUUUAUUCUGUUACUUAUGAUAAAAUGGCUAAGUAAUGCACCAGUGUUACUGUACUGGUGAGAUUUUUAUCCGAACGUCGAAUCAAAUAUGUAUUGUCAGUAUACUAAGAAAAGUCUGGCUUAAUGAUAGUUGUGAAUACUUUGUCACCAACUCUUUGAUGAUCUCAAUCGAUGACCCAUGUUUUGUAUGAACACUUGCAGGUAAUAAUAAUAUGACUGUAGAAUACAGUUUUUGAUAUGACUUCCUGUUACAUCAGGAUAAGUCUAUAACAUGUGGGUAAGUUCAGCAAGGCCAUAUUCCAUGUGUCGGAGAUCAGGGUGCUCAUGGAUGAUGCAUAUCAUUGUGGGUGAAAUACUUCAGUAUCAAAAUAGAAAACAAAGUUGGUGGUUCAAGUUUGACCUGUAAUUUCUAUUGUUUCUCUUAAACAACGAUGCAGAUUGUUAUAAUUCAUGCACAGUCACUUCAUACAUCCCAUUUCUGUUAACUGUUCCCCUGUACAUAUGCUUAGUGAUGCUACAAGUAGCUGGUAAGAAGAUGGAGAAAUGAUGAAUAAUAAAAGUUCUGAAGAAAGGAGUCUUCUGGGAUUUGGCACCGUGUAUAUGUGGUGUUAACCCACG